AAAACUAAAAUGGAUGACUAUUAUGAAGAUAGUCCAGUCGAGCUGGUAAGGUAAUUUUCUAUACAAGGGUAAAUAGAAAUUGAAUAUAUUUUAAUAGAGCAGAAAUUCUUGACAUAAAAGGUGUAAUUAACGUGAUUUAUAAAGAUAUUCAAGAGCUUUAAGAGGAAUUGUAUCUGAGUGAGGAUAAUACUUUCGAAGUAAUUCAAUUUAAUUAUCAAGUUACUCAUGCAUUUCAACUGGAAUCGAGAAGAAACCCUUUAAAAAUAUUUCAAUGAUCAAGAAGCUUUAUUAAAGUAUUUACAAUAACAUGGAAUUUAUAACAAUCAUGAAAAGAUUACUUACAACAAUCAUCAAGGAAAAUGUGGUGUUUGUUUUUGUGAUGGAAAUUUAAUUUAAUUAGGAUGUACUCAUAGAUUUUGUGAAUCUUGUGUUGAAUAAACUAUAAAGCAAAGAUUUUCUAAGGAUAAAUUUUUAAUAGUGAAAUGUCUAUAGAAUUCAUGCAAAUAUAGACUUCCUUUCUCAAUGAUUAAAAAAUAUUCUAAUCUUUAAGAAUUUGAAAAUUUAUUAAGUAGAAGAUUCGUUGAUAGUUCCAGAAAUUUAGCUUAUUGUACAGGAGUUAAUUGUGAUAAGAUUUUGAAAUUGACAUGUAAAUCAAUAAAAGAAGUGACUUGUAUUUGUGACAAUAAAUUCUGUUUUAAUUGUAAAGAAGAUCUUCAUCCUCCAUGUCCAUGUGAUUUAGUAUAGAAAUGGUUAAAGGAAAUUAAAUAAGAUGAAGCAAAUAUCAAAUGGAUAUUAAUAAACACAAAAUAAUGUCCAUUUUGUAAAAGAUAAGUAGAGAGAUCAGAAGGAUGUAAUUUUAUGGUUUGUAAACCUCCAGGAGGUUGUAGUUAAUCUUUUUGUUAUGUUUGUUAAUAGCCUUGGGAACCUGAUCAUAAAGAUCAUUUUAAAUGCAAUAAAUACGUUCCUCAAAAUGUCUAUUAAGAAAUAGAUCAGGAAUUUAUACAAAGAUAUAAUUUUUAUUAUGAAAAAUUCUUAAAUUCAUCAGCUGCCAAAGAAAAAGCUAUGAAAAGAAUAAUUCAAAUUAGAAAUACAUAUAAUAAACUAAUAUUUGAGUAUUACCAAAUAACUUAUGUAGAUUUUCAAUUCUUAGAAGAAAUAAUGAAAGAAUUAGUUCAAUCUCGAGUUGUAUUAAAAUGGUAAUUUCUAUUAUUAAUAUUUAGGUCAUAUUGUAUUGGUUAUUAUUUAUCGAAUGAAAAUUAAAGGUCAGCUGAAUUAUUCGAGCAUUAUUAAGAAUAAUUUGAACAUGCUUGUGAACUUUUAGCAAUCUCUUUGAUAAAAUUAUUUGAUGAAAUAGAUAAAUAAAAUGAAUAAUAGCAAAUAGAUAAACCAAUUGAUGUAAGGCAAAAAGAAUUUAUAAAUUUAAAAGAGAAAAUUCAAAAUGCUUCUUUGGUUUGUAUAAGAAUGAGAUAAAAUUUAGAGAGAGCAAUCUCUUAAGGUGAUAUAAUUAUGUGAGA